GUGAGAGCCGGACGGGCACUGGGCGACUCUGUGCCUCGCUGAGGAAAAAUAACUAAACAUGGGCAAAGGAGAUCCUAAGAAGCCGAGAGGCAAAAUGUCAUCAUAUGCAUUCUUUGUGCAAACUUGUCGGGAGGAGCACACGAAGAAGCACCCAGAUGCUUCAGUCAACUUCUCAGAGUUUUCUAAGAAGUGCUCAGAGAGGUGGAAGACCAUGUCUGCUACAGAGAGAGGAAAAUUUGAAGAUAUGGCAAAGGUGGACAAGGCCCGUUAUGAAAGAGAAAUGAAAACCUAUAUCCCUCCUAAAGGGGAAACAAAAAGGAAGUUCAAGGAUCCCAAUGCACCCAAGAGGCCUCCUUCGGCCUUUUUCUUGUUCUGUUCUGAGUAUCGCCCAAAAAUCAAAGGAGAACAUCCUGGCCUAUCCAUUGGUGAUGUUGCAAAGAAGCUGGGGGGGAUGUGGAAUAACACUGCUGCGGAGGACAAGCAGCCUGAUGAAAAGAAGGCUGCAAAGCUGAAGGAAAACUACGAAAAGGAUAUUGCUGCAGACCGAGCUCAAGGAAAGCCUGAUGCAGCGAAAAAGGGAGUCGUCAAGGCUGAAAAAAGCAAGAAAAAGAAGGAAGAGGAGGAAGAUGAGGAAGACGAAGAGGAUGAAGAGGAGGAGGAAGAUGAAGAAGAUGAAGAUGAAGAUGAAGAUGAUGAUGAUGAAUAAGUUGGUUCUAGCGCAGUUUUUUUUCUUGUCUAUAAAGCAUUUAACCCCCCUGUACACAACUCACUCCUUUUAAAGAAAAAAAUUGAAAUGUAAGGCUGUGUAAGAUUUGUUUUUAAACUGUACAGUGUCUUUUUUGGUAUAGUUAACACACUA